AUGAUUGUACGACAACUUGGUGUGCGGCAAAGCCGCCAAUUGUUGGCUUUGAGUCGCCGCGCUCCGGUCUACAGCCGUUCACUCUCCUCCGAUGCACCGGUCGACACAGCAGUUCAGACCCCAUCUUCAACCCCUAUUCCCAGAGCUGUUAAGGCCACACGCCCACCCAGCCAGCGCGAGGCAUGGCAGGGGUCACUAAAGUCAAAAGCGAAAUUCAACUCCCUUGGAUCCUCCGUCAAGGAAGAACACACACCCGACGUCCUCCAGAACCCCAUCUCCCCAUCAGAAGUUACCCUCGAGCUCCUCCUCGCGGCGGGUACACACAUGGGCCACAGCACCUCCCGCUGGAACCCCCAGAACAGUCGUUACAUCUUCGGUAUCCGUGAGGGCAUCCACAUCAUCUCCCUCGACGCAACAGCCGCGUACCUCCGCCGUGCCGCCAAGGUCGUUGAAGAAGUCGCCGCCCGCGGAGGCAUCAUCCUCUUCGUCGGAACCCGCAAGGGCCAGAAGCCGGCCGUUGUCCGCGCUGCCGAUCUCGCGCGCGGAUACCACAUCUUCGAGCGCUGGAUCCCCGGCUCCCUGACAAACGGACAGCAGAUUCUCGGCCACUGCGAGACAAAGGUUGUGAAUGCGGUGGACGAGACCCUCCCCGAGUUCAAGGUGGAUCUUGCGGAUAGACCUUCCGUGAAGCCCGAUUUGGUCGUUUGCUUCAACCCGCUGGAGAAUGUUGUGCUGCUGCACGAGUGUGGUUUGAAUAAUGUGCCUACUAUCGGCAUUGUGGAUACGGAUGCUGAUCCUACUCGUCUGACAUAUCCUAUCCCUGCGAACGAUGAUAGCUUGCAGGCUGUUUCGCUUAUUGCAGGUGUUUUGGGUCGUGCGGGUGAGGCUGGUCAAAAGAGGAGGCUUGGGUUGGCUGAGAAGGGAGAGUUGACUUACAAGCCUAUUACUUCGAGGGAGUUGAAGUUGGAUCCCUUCACUGGUGAGCUUCUGGGUGCUGAGAACCAGAAGUAA